AUGGCGGUGGGUCGGGUGGGCGGCGCGGUGAAGGUGCUGUGCGGCGCGGAGGAGGAGCGGGUGGUGGGCACGAGGAAGGCGCCGGGGGCGUGCCCGUGCUGCGGUGGUCCGGUGGUGGCCACCGACGUGGAGAGCGAGCGGCGCAUCCUGUGCCUGCCGCUGUGCCUCAAGAACAAGCGCAAGUACUCCUGCUCCAGGUGCCUCCGCCGGCUCGUCACCCUCUACAGCUAGCUCCUCCAUCAGCUGGCUGCCUCCUGCCCCGAUGCCCAUCCACCGACUGGCGUG